AAGGGAUGGCAUUAUUAAGAAGGGGGAUUUGUAAGGGGUGCCCCAAGAGAGGGGAGGGGGUUUGGAGGAGGACCCUGGGACUGGGAACAUGGGCUAUCCAAACCUUGGGAAAGAAAAGGGAUGCAAUUCUGAGCAAAAGUGUCUAUGGGAGGCCAGAGAGGAGCUGGGAUGCCUGGCAGGGGUUCCGGAAUUGAGGUUGGGGUUCAGGGCAGCACUGGAAGGGCUGAUGAGUGUUAGGUGCAGAGCGAGGGUGGAGUGGAGAGGGAGCUAUCUAUGUUCCAGAAGGUCCCCCUACACCCCCGCGUAUCUGUUUCUCCGGACACUAACAGAGAUGGAUGGGGUGACAGAGACGUAGUGGCCCCGAGCGCCUCAUCCCUCUUCCGCCGCCUCUGCAACAGAGGGGUGGGGGGGCAGAGGUAGAUAAAGGGAUGGCGACGCAAGCAGGGGAUAGGCGGCCCUAACAGAAGCAUGAGCGGUGGCACGGAUCCGAACCACGCUACAGAGAUGGCCUCUGAUUCGGACCCUGGCCGGGCAGCUGUCGCCUCGGCUUACCAGCGCUUCGAGCCCCGCGCCUACCUCCGCAACAACUACGCUCCUCCUCGUGGAGACCUGAGUAGCCCUGAUGGCGUCGGGCCUUGGAAGCUGCGCUGCAUGGCGCAAACCUUUGCUACGGGUGAGGUGUCUGGACAGGCCCUCAUCGACAUUGGGUCAGGCCCCACCAUAUACCAGCUACUCAGUGCCUGUGCCCACUUUGAGGACAUCACCAUGACAGAUUUCUUGGAGGUCAACCGGCAGGAGCUGGGACUCUGGCUUCGGGAGGAACCCGGAGCCUUCGACUGGAGUGUGUAUAGCCAGCAUGCUUGCCUCAUCGAGGGCAAGGGCGAGUCCUGGCAGGAGAAGGAACGCCAGCUCCGAGCGAGGGUGAAGCGAGUCCUGCCCAUUGAUGUACACCAGCCCCAGCCCCUGGGUCCUUCAAGCCUGGCACCCCUGCCUGCGGAUGCCCUGGUCUCUGCCUUCUGCCUAGAGGCUGUGAGCCCAGAUCUGGCCAGCUUCCAGCGGGCUCUGCAGCACAUCACCACACUGCUGAGGCCGGGGGGUCAUCUCCUCCUCAUCGGAGCCCUAGAGGAGUCAUGGUACCUGGCUGGGGAGGCCAGGCUGUCUGUAGUGCCGGUGUCAGAGGAGGAGGUGAGGGAGGCCCUGGUCCUUGGUGGUUAUGAGGUACGAGACCUUCGUACCUACAUCAUGCCUGCCCAUCUCCGCACGGGUGUAGAUGACGUCAAGGGUGUCUUCUUUGCCUGGGCUCAGAAGACGGGGGUGCAGGAGUGAGGGCCCUACAUGCCGGGUGUCCUGUGCC